GCAGUUGUCACCGGCAGCAGCCGUGCCGGGAAGGAGUGGGAGGGUCUGCGAUCCCGGGACCGUCACUCCCCGCCUGGCCUCAACUGAGCCCUUUCUUCGUCCUCCGUCUCUUCCAUCCCCGCUGCCAUGACCACUACCACCACCUUUUCGGGCAUGGACCCCAGUGGCAGGAACAGCUCCAGAGUGCUGCGUCCUCCUGGUGGUGGAUCCAACUUUUCCUUUGGUUUUGAUGAACCAAAAGAACAACCUGUGCGAAGGAACAAGAUGGCAUCCAGCAUCUUUGGAACUCCAGAAGAAAACCCACCUUCCUGGGCUAAAUCCUCGGGGACUAAGCCAGGUGAAAUCAGAGAAGACUGUGAAUCAUCUGGACCACAAAGGAGUGACUCAACUGAAGUAAACUGUGGAGAUUUGGUAGAUCCCAAGGGAAGAGAUGGUGGUGGUGAAACUUCUGAAAACACUGAGGCUGAUGUAGAAGCUGCCCCAGGUCAGAAUGAAGAAAAAUCCCUGCCUGCUGCACCUGUUCCUAGCCCAGUAGCACCAGCACCAUCCAGGAGAAAUCCACCCGGUGGCAAGUCCAGCCUAGUCCUUGGUUAAAACUUUCCCUUCCUGACUGUUUUGAACUCGUGUCUGUUUCUUUCCCCCAUGCUUGUGAACUGCACAACUUGAGCCUGACUGUUCAUCUCGAAUUUCUUUCAUUAAAAAGAAGCACUUUAUGUACUCCAUCUUUUUUUUUUUUUUUUUUUUUUUUUUGAGAUCAAGGGUUUCAAGGGUUUUUUCCACUUCUGUCCUGUGUUUCCCCCAGAUCUACUGGAAGUGACAUGAGUGUUUUCUAGUGAUAGACUUGAGGGAAAGCUUUAUGAAGUAUAGUAACGUCAUUCAAAGGAGAGUAGCUUGGUUCUAAGUGUGCUUAGAGGGUUUUUGUACUGAGAUUUUUUUUUUAUUUUUUUUUUUAGAACCCCUUAGCUUUACAAGGUUCUAGAAUUAAACAGGCCAGCAAACAAUCAGCAAGAGCAGUCCCUUCCUCCACAUGUGGGAUUUGGGGGUGUCAAAGGCUUCAUUGACUACAUGUGGUAAAUGCCUUCAGCCCUGCUGUGCCAUGUAAAUUGUGAAGUGGUUAAUGUACACCAUGCUGCCUUGACAAAUUUAAAAAUCUUGACACUGGACUACUGUGAAGUGCAGGGUAUGUGCCAAAUAGAGGGCUGAUGACCAGAGCCACCUGGCCUAAUGCUAGGAGGGGAUUUGUUCGGAUUUUAUUAAGUAAAGGUGGAGUGGAUCUUAUGAAUAAAUAAAAACUACAGGGCAUUUUUUUUACAACUGACUCAAUGCUGUGCAUGAUUAUGCUGGUGCUUGACCAUGAGGUGAAAAUCUCAUCCUUCAAAGUGUGUGUUGUAAUUUCACAAAGCUGGACUGUUGCUUAAAAGUAAAUAAUAUAGAAAUUUUGAAGCAGU